AUGCAAUCGAGUAGCGGCAUGGUGAUCACGACACCUCCUUCUCAGCCUCCGUUCAUGAACAAAACACUCAUUCAAGAUCAAUCCGAUCAAGGCAGAACAAUUCAAAAAGUCUUACAAUUAUUUGUUGGUCAUAGUGGUCAUGAAGAAAGUAUUCUUUCAUCACUGUUGGAUUCAAUUUCUGAUGUACUUUCCGAGAGAGAUUCUGAUGGACAUUCUCUGCUCCAUGUGGCAGCCUUUGUUGGAUCGGAUGCUCUUGUGGACAAGUUAUUUGUUGAAAAGUUACAAAAUAAUCCCGAAAAGAUUCGAGAGUUUUGUAAUUUAACCACCAUCAACGACAAAAAGACAGCUUUAACGAUUGCAUGUGAGAGAGGAUAUUUGGAGGUUGUAAAGAAGCUCUAUGAUUAUACUGAUAAAAAUGCAAGUGAAACUUUGUUUUCUCCAAUUCAUGUGGCAGCCAUUAAUGGGCAAAAUAAGAUAUUGGAAUAUCUUGUGAAGGAAAAGAAAGAAAAUGUCGAUAGUCAACAAGAUGUUUAUGGAUACACUCCACUACACUUGGCUGCUCAAUAUGGUCACGCAGAAACAGUGGCCUUUUUAAUUGAUGAAUUGAAUGCAAAUAAGAAUAUUCAGUGCACCACCGAAAGAAUGCUCCCAAUUCACACAGCCAUUUUGAACAAUAAUUUGCAAGUUCUAAAAGCGCUUGUUCACAGACACUCACAAGAGGCCAACACCACAAAUGCCAAAUUUUAUGAAACACUCUCGAAUGAUCAUAUUCACAUUAAUCCAUUGUUACUUGCCAUUGCGAAUACACAUGCUGAGGACGACAAAUAUGUGUCACCAGAGACUUUACAAGCCUCUGCUGAAAUGGUUAAAUUCUUGGUCAACGAGUUGAAUGCAGAUUACAGUUUGGCUGGAAAUAAUGGUAUCUCUGCUCUGCAUAUGGCUGCCGAAGCAGGAAAUUGUGAGCUCAUCAAAUUCUUUGUCACAGAAAAGCAUGAGAAUGUUAAUCAAUUGACUGACAUUACCAAGGACACACCACUCUAUUUGGCUGCCAUUAACAAUCAUUUGGAGGCAACCAAAUUAUUACUUGAGCUGGGGGCUGAUAAGGACAUUGAAAAUUGGAGAGGUAACACACCAUUAUCGGUCGUGAAGAACUUGGCAUCCAAGAAUGAUGACUACAAACCUCUUUAUGAAUUUCUAAAAUCUCAAUAA